AUGCAUCGGCUAUCACAACAUCUAAGCAUAAUUCUCUCGCUGAUCACCAUUCAUUGCUGUGUGGCAGCUCCCAGCAGAAUAUGUGCCGACAUAUCCUCACGGUUGCCUGGCAAGGUCACAUAUCCAGGAGAUAAGGCUUACAACAUUUCCGAGAAGUCAUAUGCAUAUGCCAACCAACAGACACAACAGCCGUCAUGCAUCGUUCAACCAACCACUACCGAGGAUGUAGCCACUGCCGUCAAGUUACUAAAAAAAGCACCGCAGGUUUCUUUUGCUGUUCGCAGUGGGGGGCACGCGACGAAUCGUGGCUUUUCGAAUAUUGACGGCGGCGUGACGUUGGACCUGACUGCUAUUAAUAGUGUGAACAUUCAAGCGGAUGGUGUGACUGUUUCGGUUGGCACUGGUGCGUCUUGGGGAGAUGUGUAUCUCGUUUUGGAUGCUGCCAAACGGUCGCUGAACGGUGGUCGUGCAUCUGGAGUUGGCGUUGGCGGCUUUCUAACGGGAGGCGGUAUUGGGUUCUUUGCUCUUAAAAAUGGGUUUGGCUGUGAUGCCGUGACAAACGUGGAGAUUGUGCUACCCAAUGGUUCCAUCAUCAACGCGAAUGCCAAAUCCCACCGUGAUCUCUUUGUGGCCAUAAAAGGCGGUGCGAAUAACUUUGGCAUUGUCACCCGCUGGGACAUCAAGACCAUUUCUAAGGGCAAGAUCUGGGGAGGCGGUGUCAUCUACCCCAAUGCUACUGUUCCUGCUCAGCUGGAUGCCUUUACAAAAUGGAAGAACCCGGCCAAUUUUGACUCUGCGUCCUCGGUGGAGCAGAGCUAUGUCUAUAUUGGUUCUAUGAAGCAAUGGCUCGUUUCCAACAGCCUCAUCUACACUGAGCCUGUAGCAUAUCCCAAAGACUUAAAAGUGUUCACCGAUAUUCAGCCUCAGAUCGCUAAUACCCUGAGGUUCUCCAACGUCACUGACUUUGCGGAUGAGAUUCAGUCCCAGAGCACUCCUGAUCAAUAUACAAUAUUUGCCACUACCACCGUCAAAAUCUCACCCACAAUUCUCACAAAAGUUCACGCGUUAUGGCAAGCGUCAGUUGCCCGGAUGGCCGCCAACAACGCAACCAUCACCUCUUCUCUGACACUGCAGUCUAUUCCAGCACCGCCUUCUGACCCUUCACGCGCCAACAGCUUGGGAUUCAACCCUUCUUCAACCCCACAAAAGGACCUUGUACUUGUGCUCUGCUCAAGCUUCUGGGCAGACCCCGCGGUUGGAACACAGGUUAAGACGGCGGUCGCCGGAUUCAUCAAUGAUGCAGAGUAUGCGGCUAGAAAAGAGGGUGUUUUGCAGAACUUCAAGUAUCCGAAUUACGCGGCAGCCGACUUUCAGAAUCCAUUGAAGAGUAAUGGCGUCAGAGAUAGGUUGAGAGUAGUUGCGUUGAAUGCGUAG